UAGGAAAUAAUAUAAGAAGGUAUGAUCUCUAUUAAUAGCAGAUGUAUAAUAGAUCGGCCACUGAAUUACCGCAGUUUGAGACGUCAAAUGAAUUUCUAUGCUCAUCUAUACGUUGCUUAUAGUUACAAUUUUUAUCCGGAUUUCUUUUUCUUGUAGAAAGUUUUCGCUAUAAGUUCAUUCAAUAAAGUUUAAGGUGACAAAAGAGAAAGCCCUGUCACCGAUCUUUCAACAAUUUUAUUUAGAGGCCAUCUUAAUAAGUUCAACUAACUUUCUCAAAGACAAUAUUCAUCAGCUUCGUUUCCAUCAUGACUACACAACGCCCUGUUAGCGAACAAUUUAACCUUCAACCAGCAAAAUCGGGAUCUAACUCACAGUAUCGACAAUCGGCUGACCUAUCUCACUUGAACCAGCAACAGACAAGUCAUAGGAGCUCAAGGCCAACUUCCGAAAUAUUCUCCGCAAAUAACCACAAUACAUAUCAAUCACCUGAAGCUGAAGCAAUCGAUAAAUGGUUUGAAGACCUCCAACAUUACGAACAAACGCUUGAAGAGAUGGCUACAGCGAGUUUAGAUCAAAACUUCAAAGAAGAACUCAGUGCAAUUGAACAAUGGUUUCGAGUAUUAUCUGAAGCGGAACGAACUGCCGCAUUAUAUAGUUUAUUACAACAUUCAACUCAGGUACAGAUACGAUUUUUCAUAACGGUACUUCAGCAAAUGGCAAGAAGCGAUCCGAUGGGAGCUCUCCUAUCGCCAGCAAAUCCUGAAAAAGAUUUAAUGCAGGCACAAUUAGCUGGCGCUAUGGCCAAAGCUGAGGUUGAGGCCAAACUAGCUGGCAUGUCUCUUAAAUCACCUACUAGUCCGACGUAUCCACGUCGCUUAUAUGAUCGACACUCGGGCGUAGAAUUCUUGUCUCCCGAGGCUGCAAUUUAUUCGGAUCCUGCAGCUGCUCUUGCACAACAAAGAGCUAGACUUCAAGCCAAUACGGGUAAUCGAUCGGCUUCUUUGUAUCCAUCACGUCCAAAAUCUAUGGCUUCAGAAACGGAUCAAACGGUCUGGGCUCCUACUAGCGCUUCUAGCAAUAGCAAUAAUAACAAUAAUAAUAAAGACCGAACAAGUAACGGUCGACCGAAAUCAGCUGAUCUUAGCGCUCUCCCUUGGACUCCGGGUUUCCCAUUACGUUCACCUCGACCUGGCACUGCAUUUGAUGGCGAGCUAUCUCCUCUUGUUGGUGGUAGUUGGGCUAGUAUGGUGUCUACGCCCGUGGUACCAAUGUUUGCAGAAAAUAAAAAUAAGCCAGCUACUGAUGUUGAGUUGGUAAAUAAAAAAUUAAACAAUUGGAGUAUCAGUAAUAGUUCUGGAAAUCGUGUUGUAUUAGAAAGUGAUGUUAAAAAAUUCCGUCGAAAUCAUGGAAAAAAUAACAAUUCUGGUGUUCCAGCAACAGUCCAAGAAGAGAAAUAUAAUACAGCGAAUAUCGUCUUGUCGAUGUAUGACGCUGACGGAAAUGUUCGUUCACCCCAACAUUCUCCUCUUCCGAGUCCAAAAGCUAUCGGAUCAAGACAGGGUUCUCGCCCUACUUCGCCGAAUCCAAAUCCAUCUGGUGGUUUGUAUCCUAUUCAUCAUCCUGGUUGGGGACCUCCAAAUAACAGUGGUAAAGGAACCCACUUAACACUACCAAGUGUAGUUCCAUAUGAUGAGAAUGGUGAAGUAGGCGGUUAUCACAGUGAUCAUAGUGAUGCCUCACAUAAUGCUAAUAAUACAAAAGGUCAUGGUAACACUGGCGGUGGUAAAAACAAGAAGAAACAAAAUGAUGAUACAGUUGAUUUUAAUCUAUUACAAGACAUUCCGCAAUGGUUACGAAGUCUUCGUUUACACAAGUAUACUCCGGUAUUUGAAGGAAUGAAUUACACAGAAAUUAUCGAAUUAGAUGAUUCUCAACUAGAAAAAAAAGGAGUAGCGGCCCUUGGAGCUAGACGUAAGAUGUUGAAAGAAUUUGAGAAAGUCAAAAAAGCCAUGACUGAAAAUGGCUCAUAAAAUUAUUUAGUGCUGGUUAUGCCAAUUCUUUUUUUUUUUUCUUUUUUAUAAA